AUAACGUUGAUAAGAAUGAAAAUUUUUAUUCAGAUUUCCGAAAAGGAAUUUCAGAAUAUUCUAUCUAUUGGUUGUUUUGCAUUUUAUUAGUUUUAUAUUUGUGUAUAAUAAUAAUAUAGUAAGGGGUAUCACAUCUCACCUUACAAUGUCUUAUAUACCGUAUGAGAUUAUUACUCAUAAAAGACAAGUAUGUUCGCUUUAUAAAAAAGCAUGCAGGACCAUCGAGGAUUGGUAUCAUUACAGACCGUUGAUGCGAAUCAAUAUUGUGCGCUUAAGAAAACGUUUUGAUGACAACAAGAAUUUAAUAGAUGUACCAACGGCACAAGAAUUGUUGAAGAAAGGUCAACAUGAGCUAUGGGCUAAUCAACAUUACUAUCCUCAUCAGUUUCCAUCUUCACCUGGUGGAACAGCGUUUGACCGGGAUUGUUUUCCUCCCGACUGGGUAUUGGACUCUUGGCAUCCAUUAGAAAAAGCUCAGUAUCCAAAAUACUUUGCCAAACGAGAAGAACGUAAAAAAGAGUACAUAGCAUUAUGGGAAAAACGCUGGGGAAAGCCAUUCAUUCCACAUGAUGAACAUUAAAUGGAUUUUCUUUCUGUGGAUUGUAGUGGAUUAUUGAUUGUUGCUAAUUAGCGAUUGUUAUCAUAAAAUAAUAUGAUGUAUCAUGUAUGUAAAAUAAAUAAUGAAUAAAUUUAGAUUUCUGAAGUAAA